UUUGUGAGCGGACACCAUGAUCAAGGAACUCCAAACUCAUUGCACAGUCAUCAAUUACGUAUUCACAUUGGAUUUCUUCUAUAUAAGCAGACAAGCCUCCCUCAUUCUUGGACGCCAUAAACACUCACAGCUUCUCCUUCUUUGUAAUUUUAUUCACUUGGGGUUAAAAAUCUUUUACUUUCCGCUAAAAGAUAUGGGAAAUCUUGGGAUCAAGUUGUUUUGUUCUGUUUUCUUGGUAGCUCUUCUCUUGCAUGUACUCCCUGCAAGAUCUCAAGAAGUUGAGGACGAGAGAGAAUUUGAUUAUAAGAAAUAUAGCGAAAAGGGACCAGCUCGAUGGGGAGAGAUUCAUCCAGAAUGGGGUGUAUGCAGCAAUGGAUCUAUGCAGUCUCCUAUUGAUUUGCUGCACGAGAGAGUUCAUGUUGUUUCUCAUUUAGGAAGACUUAACAGAAGCUACAAGCCUUCAAAUGCCACUCUUAAGAACAGAGGCCAUGAUAUGAUGUUGAAAUGGGAAACUGGCGCAGGAACUCUUGAAAUAAAUGGAACUGAAUAUGUUCUUAAACAAUGUCACUGGCACUCUCCUUCUGAGCACACCAUCAAUGGCAAGAAGUUUGCUUUAGAGCUGCAUAUGGUUCACGAGAGCCAAGAUGGAAAGGCUGCUGUUGUUGGGAUUUUGUACACAAUAGGAAGGCCAGACUCUUUCUUGUCAUCUCUAACAGACCGUCUGAGAUUGGUGGCCGGUACCGGAGAAAAUGAGACAAUAGCGGGUAUAGUUAACCCAAAAGAAAUCAAGAUCGGGAGCAGAAAGUACUACAGAUACAUGGGAUCUCUUACAACUCCACCUUGCACUGAAAAUGUCAUCUGGACAAUUGUCAGAAAGGUGAGGACUGUCACCAAAGAACAAGUGAGAUUGCUCCGGGUGGCGGUUCACGACGAAUCAAAUACAAAUGCAAGGCCAGUACAGCUCACAAAUGGACGUCCAGUGCAACUUUACAGGCCAGAUGAAAAAGAAGAUGAUUAAAUUUCUAUACCUUAUUAUUCAAUUUCAGUAUAUGGAGAGAUUAAUUAUUCUUAGGCUACAGAAUUUAAAUAAAUGAGUUUUAUGUAAUAUUCAUCAUUUUUCAUUCUUUUUGGUUAUACUUUUAGCCAAACUUGCUUGUGUACAUGGGCAUAUUAAAGAAGUAUUACUAAAUUAUUUUAUUUAUAAUAAGAAUCAUAUGGUAUUUCUUUUUCUUAUUAA